UUUACGCUCUCGAAAAAAAAAAACUUUCGCAAGGCAAACCCCCCAGCCCACCCUCUCGGCGAUGGCAUCGGCGGCGGCGGCGGCCGCGGCCGCGGAGUGGGAGGCGGCGGCGCGGAAGGUGCUGGUGGCGCGCAAGCCCUGCUUCGGGCUCCCUACGGCCUGUCCAACCUGCCUCCCCGUGUUCCUGUACCUGCGCAUGGCGCAGGUUCCCUUCGACAUCCACGUGGACACCAACUUCCCCGACGCCGAUCACAUACCAUAUGUUGAAUUUGGGGAUUGCGUGGCUUUCAACAAUGAGAAAGGAGGCGUGAUUGAGUAUCUCAAGGAUGAGAAAAUUGUUGACUUGAACUCAAAUUUCCCAAGUGUUUCAUCCACCACUGUGCAAGAGACGAAGGCCAUGGUUUCGACCUGGCUUGCUGAUGCUUUGCUGUAUGAACUCUGGGUGGCUAGUGAUGGAAGCAUUGCGAAUGAUAUCUACUUCUCUGAUCUUGCAUGGCCCAUUGGAAAGAUACUCCACUGGAAGAAAACUAGACAUGUGAAGCAACAGCUGGGUAUAACAAAGCUUAAUGCUGCAGAAAAAGAAGAGGAGAUAUACCGGAAGGCAAGUGCUGCAUAUGACUCAUUGUCUAUCAGAUUAGGGGAUGAAGUCUUUCUAUUUGAUAAUAGCCCUACAGAUGUUGAUGCUCUUUUCCUUGGACAUGCUCUUUUUGUCCUCAGUGUGUUGCCUGAUACAUCUGUGCUGAGGGGCACUUUGCAGAAGCAUGACAACUUGGUGAACUUUGCUGAGCAUCACAAGGUCCAAUUGCUGGAAACCUCAUCAUCGUCAUCAUCAGGAUUAGGAUCAUCACCUAGUCCAUCAUCAUCCACCCCCAGGAGAAGACCAUCUGCUGACCAAGGAACAUGAAAAUCUGAAUGAUGCCAUUUUACUCUACCUGGCAGACCUUCCACCUUAUAAGUAUGAUUUUCCUGUCCAGUGCCUAUCAAUCUGUCGAAUUUAAUAUAAGGAUGCGCACCCAAAUUUAACCAUGUUAGAUGAAGAGUCUAUGAUCAGCUUGUCUGAGUUAUUUCUUGUAUCUGUGCUGUUGCCAGCCCAUCAUAUUCACUUAAUGGACUAUUUACUCAAUCAAUCUGCAAUUCUGCAGUCUACUCAUUGGUGACUGACUGUUUCGCAAAACUGUAACUACUUGCAGCUAAAUAUCAAGGAACUAGAACUUAUGUGAAACUGGUCCCAAAAGCUGUAGUUCCUUGAUAGUUAGGUGCAUAUGACUCUAGGUUUGUUAAGUUAACUCUGCCAAAGGAUGCUAGAUCAGUUGGUCUAGGCACUCCGGCGGCACCUCCCAGGUCCUGAGUUUGAAUCCUAGUAGGAGCGAAUUUCAGUCUGGGUUUAAAAAAUCCUCUCGCCUGUUCUCAUACCAAAGCACUGGGGGAGCCCCGGCCCAAUUCUCACUUGGGCGACGGAAAGGCCACCGUGUAUGGAUGGGGGUGGGGGUUCGGGGGUUUUCUUUCCGAUUGAGAAGGUGUUUUCUUCUUAAUUUGAAAGCUGCGGCGGCAAUCUUAACUCUUAACCGCCCAGGUCGAGUUUUUUUUUUGAAGUUAACUCUUUAAUUAACAUUUGUGCAUGAACGACUUAUCCUUGUAGUAACUAGGAGUCUUAGGACAUAAACAUGAAAGACUUACCCUUUCUUGUAGUAACUAGGAGUCUUACCCUUUCUUGUAGUAACUAGGAGUCUAGGAAAUAAAACUGCAUUUCAUUACAAAGUGAAGUGGUAACUGUGCUAAAGAAUAUUUUAGUGGAUGGAUCCUUUAUGUAAUCCUGGAUCACUGAUUGCUCAAGCUGUAUGUUGCUUCCUUGAUUUAUUGCAUCACAAUGCAGUCAUGAAAGAAACUGUGUCAAACAAUGCUUUAAUUAGGAUGAGUGGAAAAUCAAUAUAUGCAUAGAUAAGAAAAUAAAGUUGAUGAAGAUGGGAUGGAAGAUGCUUUAAUUAGCAUAUGGUGCUACUAUGGAGCAGAAUAAUGAUACAGGGUUCUCUUGCAAAAUGAUUUUAUACUAUUUGUUUAUUGUUUGGUAUGAGUUGGCUAGUCCAAGGGGCUACUGUACUUCUAUUUUUUGUAUUUUCUUGAAAGAAGUAAAAUGCAUUAAUAAGAAAAUAAAGUUGAUGAAGAUGGGAUGGACUAAUAAGUUCUUGAACUUCACCAUCUCUUUUACCUGUUGUCUUUUUUUCUUUUAUUUUUCUUUUUUUUGCCGGUGCCUCGGUGGU